AUGGAAAUCAUGGUUCAUGCUGUGGUGACUGGAAAUGGGCAUACCUACGAGCUAAAAGCCAUUGAGGGGGGGUUGCGAAAUUGGCAAACUACCUCGCCGGCUAGUACCCAUCUGCGGCUACCUGCUCCUUCAUUGGCGAGCAACCAGGCCUUGCGCAAAGCAAUCGAUGUCCGUACGCAGGAGCGGCAAAUUGCCGCGCGAAGGAAGCUGCAAGCGGAGGACAUUCAAGAGGCAGUGAAAUCGCGGAGCCGACAUUUAUCGACCUUGGAAGAGGGGAAAAACGAUACCAAAAAGCGACGGAUCGCAGAUCCGUAGAGGAGAUGGACAAGGAGAAUCGAAGACAAGAGCGCCCAAUCGAUGAUCACUGGUGUGCACUCCGAGAUCUUCACCGGGGAGAGAUACGGAAUUUCACACUCAAAAGCGAUUUUUACGAAAAUAUACGUCAUUGAAUCAUUGCAAGAGCGAAGUUGCUUGGGGUAUUCUAUCUGCAUCCACUUAUCGACCGUGAUAUCGCAAGAUGUGUUGUAGUUGUGCUACGCCAAGAAGUGUUUUUACUUGUGAACUAGGAAGACGGGACCACGAGCAAGCUCUCUACUAGCGUAUCAUUAGAUUUAUGAUAGUUAUAACCGUCAGUGACUGAGUGGUUCUGGGUUUUUUUGGGACCUAAAUCAAUGUUUGUGAUAGUCAAAAACUUCUAGGUGGAUGAGACACAACUUGCAAGAAUUGUUCGUUUAGACAAGGCUGUGCGCUUCUCUCUUAACGUCUUGGCUUCAAUGAAUUUGCGGUUUAUCGGGAAUAUGCUUUGUGAACUAGAUAUUUUUCUUUUCACGAGCCUUCCUGUAUGACAUUGACAUUUGGCCUACCGAUCAGUACCUAAUGUAGUUUCAUCCCGAGCUCCACGGCCCUCGUAACAACGCCACCCCAAGAGGUCUGGUCUGUGUCAAAUUCGUUCCGAGAGAGAGAAGCAGCCACCUAGGCUAGUCUAAAAACUGGAGAGCUAGUCUAGCAACGUCGCUUCGUCGGCGUGUCGCAGAAAUUCUAAACAGCGAACAUCAACAACGUUUGUAUUUCUUUGGAGGCAUAAUAAACCUGAGAAAACCGUUUAACGCAGAAGUAAAAAAUGUUUGUCGUUUGGAUUUCCGAACAAGGUUCCAGGCGUUGGGUCAUUCGAGAUCAAGCCCACCGAGAGAACCUUCAUCUUUUUGCGGAACGAAGGAGCCCAGAAGUGACUGAUUAUUGCGAGUAGGUGCUCGUGCUUCGUUUGAUGAAAUAUUCAAAUACUCCUUUUUUUCGGCCCACCCCAUAUUUUUCUUCCAACACGACCACAAUAUCCCUGCGACAACCGGUAGAGUCAACGGAUGUACCCCUGGACUGGGUUUACUACACUAGAAGAAGCCUCAUUCUCGAUAGUUCUUUCUCAAUCAAUUAAAGCGACGACGAGAUGUGAUAUCGAUCCGUAUCUAAAAUACCACUGUGGCGACCCUAACCACGUUUUGUGUGUAAGUAUGCUGCCUCUCCUGUCGGAUGUGUUUUGCAUGACAACACAGUGACAGGAGCAUAUGCUGAGCCACUGAACCCGAAAAUUUAAUAAUAUCUAUUCUAAAUCAUCAUUUUUGAAAAAACACAACAUAGUGAUGUCUCGAGGUGAGAUGAAAAAGUUCAUAAAUUUG